AUGUCUCUAGCAUAUGAGAACGACGACGUGGUCAGUAUGGCUGAUUCUAUUACGUCUUCGACUGCUUCUGCUUGGACCAUGUUCUCAAAACCUUCAACCCAUGGUAUUUUGGCCGGAAAUUGCGGCAUCUUGCCAAAUUUACCGACUAUCACUUCUGCUCUUGUCCUAAGUACUUUUAAACAUGAAUUUAUUAAUGAUGUCUGUGAAACACUUAAACGACACGUAUUGCCUGAAGUUUUAGAAAGGUUCAAGGAAGAACUUGUUAUUGAUCUUCGUCCUGGUUCUCCAUUUCUUAUUUCUCCGUAUGCACAGUCUAUUAAAAUGCGACAACAAAAGCAGCAAAAACUACCAAAUCUAUUUCCUUCGCCUUCAAUCUCACUUCCAUCUCUUUCAUUCAUUCCACCAACACAACCAUCGCGUCCAAUCCCAAUCUCACAAAAUUUCAAAUUCGCCGUAUUAUUCAUAUCAUUCAAUCCAACCUUCUCAUUAUCGAAUAUCGGGAUCGGGAUUGCAUUACGCCAACGAGGAUUUCAUCCCAUACUUCAACACAUUCCAAACGCCUAUCCCACCGAUAAAACGGUUUUGAUGAUUCGUGAUCUCACCAUCAACCUUUGGGCGAAUAAUUGGCGUUUAGCGGUGUUCUUAAUUUGUGAUCCGGCAGAAAUGAUUAAUUCGGCUCGCGACGCCAUUCGAAGAAUGAGAAUAUUCUUUGACAAAGAUACUUUGCGCGUCGUGACGGUUAAAUUGCAAAUGCCAGUCGACACACAGGCUUGGUGUAUAAAUGAAUUUAAGAAAGCAGGUUCAAAUGAAAUUAUUGUACGAGAAGAAGAGAUGUUGCAAGGUAUCAUCAAAAAUUGCGAACAGGUUUCGAUUUCUUCUCAAAAUCUUGAUCCUCAGAUUCCCGCGGAAUUUCUCAAUUCUUUUCCAGCUUCGGUUAAAAUCGGGGAAAAGGUUUGGGUGACAGUCGAGCAUUUUGUUAAAGCUCAACUACAUUAUGCACAACGUAAUGACUGGGAUCGUCCAUCAAAUCCAGACGGACAAACUCCUCGUCAUCGUGUCCUCUCAAUUGCUCUUUGGCAUAAAUUCACCCAACAUCCGAAAUUGACACACAAACUGCUAUCUACUAGUCCAGCACAGAUCGAUGCCUAUCAGAGCUGUGCUGACGAGGACGAGAUAUUUUAUUCUGACGAACCUGGCUCUAAUCGAAUAUUCAAAAAUGUUAAUCGUGAGAUUAGGGAGAAAGUUUUCGCUAAAGUGAUUAUGGACAUGCGCGAGGAAUACGGCGUUAAGCAAAAAGACAAGAUUUGGAUUGUUGAUGGUUUGGAACAAGAAUUGGGAUCGAUUUAA